GUGGAGGAACUUCCUGCUGAUGUGGAAACAUUUGACCCCAUUCCUCUGAUUGGUCCAAAGUACCAUUAAUCAGCACAAACUCUGCCCUCUCAUGAAUAAGCUCCACCCCCUUCCCUCAGACAAACACUUGUUUCAGUCCUACAGAAAAAGGUUUAAAGUGAAGGAGGUAAAGUUUAGGAAUGCUGUGAAGUCCAGAAGCUGUCGUCUGCAGGAACACACUCAGGUCCUCCAGAUGCUCGGUGACGGACGCCUGAAGACCAGAUGUUCCUCUGAUCUGUGUGACAAACCAGCAGCUGCUCCCAGUCUGUUCCAGAACAUUUCAUCUGAGAGAGAACGCUUAAAAACAGAUUUUUACUGGAUUAUCACUCUGAUGUUCUUUACUGUAAAUUAUUCUACUGAAACUUUUACUACUCUGUUUCUAAAGAGCGUAGUGUUGAAAAGAAAACAGGUUUUAAAUGUUGACUGUGUCACAAAGAACAAAUGAUUAAAUAAUACUGAUCUGGAUCAAA